GGGAGCCAAUAGAAACCCGAUGCCCCGCCCCCUGGGCCGGCUUCUCUAAGCGACUAUUUAGAAGUCGACCAGGAAAGCCCUGGGAGAAAGCAACGGGAGACAGAGCUGACUGCAGCGUCCAUCUGAGCUGAGUAAAGCCAGCAUUGAGCCUCCUCGGCCGUGGACCAUCCGGCACCACGCUUGUUGGGCCAGAACAAGAGUGGGUGAGUCCUGGAUUUGUGACCCGCACAAGGCUGCCCUCAUUCUUGAUGGUUGCUGCCAUGGCCUGUCUAGGGCUGCUGGGUGCCCUGCUGUGCAUGCUGCCGGUCGCCACGUUAGGCAACCGAGACUCUGAGGGCUUUCUGCCCGCUGUGCCCCACAACUGCCCCAGCAAAUGUGUCUGUGCUGCUGAUCUGCUGAUCUGCGCAGGCCUGGGGUUGCAGGACGUGCCAGCCACGUUACCUGCAGCUGCUGCUGAACUCGACCUGAGCCACAACGCACUCCAGCGCCUGCGCCCCGGUUGGCUGGCACCUCUCUCCCGGCUGCACGCCCUGCGCCUAGGCCACAAUGAACUGGAUGCAUUGGGUCACGGAGUCUUCAAUAAUGCCAGCAGCCUAAAACUCCUUGACCUAUCAUCUAAUGCAUUGCGGGCACUUGGCCCUCACGACCUUGAUGGACUUGAGGCACUGGAGAUGCUGUUUCUGUUCAAUAACCGCCUGGCACACUUGGAUGAGCAUGCCUUCCACAGCCUGAGUGCACUCAGCCGCCUCUAUCUGGGCUGCAACGAACUCAUGACCUUCUCUUUCAACCACUUGCACGGUCUGGGUGCGAUCCACCUGCGCACCCUGGACCUCUCCUCCAACCGGCUGGGACGUGUCUCUGUCCCUGAGCUGGCCGCACUGCCAGUCUUCCUCAAGAAUGGCCUCUACUUGCAUAAUAACCCGUUGCCCUGCAACUGCCGACUCUACCACCUGCUGCAGCGCUGGCACCAGCGGGGCCUAAGUGCGGUGCGAGACUUUGCACGUGAGUACACGUGCCUGGCCUUUAAGGUACCCACAUCCCGCGUGCGCUUCUUUGAGCACAGCCGUGUCUUUGAGAACUGCUCAGCUGCCCCAGCUACCAGCCUAGAGCAGCCUGAAGAGCAGCUGCACGCACAGGUGGGUCGGUCCCUGAGGCUUUACUGCAACACCAGCGCCCCAGCUGUGCACAUUGCCUGGGUUUCACCUAAGCACGAACUGCUUGUAGCACCAGGAUCCCGAGAUGGCAGCAUUGCAGUGCUGGCGGAUGGCAGCUUAGCUAUAGGCAAAGUGCAGGAGCAGCAUGCUGGUGUCUUCGUGUGCCUGGCCACUGGGCCCCGCCUGCACCACAACCAGACAUUUGAGUACAAUGUGAGUGUGCACUUCCCACACCUGGAGCCUGAGGCUUUCAACACAGGCUUCACCACACUACUGGGCUGCGCAGUGGGCCUGGUACUGGUGCUGCUGUACUUGUUUGCACCACCCUGCCAUGGUUGCUUCCGGUGCUGUCACCAAGCCUGUCGAAGUCACCACUGGACCCGGGCACCCAGUUCACUCCAGGAGCUGAGUGCACAAUCCUCAGUGCUCAGUGCCACGCCACCAGAUGCACCCAGCCGCAAGGCUAGUGUCCAUAAGCAUGUGGUCUUCCUGGAGCCUGGCAGGAGAGGACUCAACGGGCGUGUGCAGCUGGCUGUAGCUGAGGACUUCGAUCUGAGCAAUACCAUGGGCCUACGGUUCCUGGCUGGCUCUGAAUCUGCUAGCUCCACAGGCUCAGAAGGUCUCAUGAUGACCUAGGCUGCCCAGUGCCCUCCACUCAGGCCAUGACCCUCCUGCUGCUUGCUCUGCUCCUUGCUACCAUACAGAGAACUGCCAGGUGUUAGUGGGAAGCAUUGUACCUGGUCCUACAGCUUCCUUUGUGGUUCCUACCUGAACCACAAUGGCCCUAUUCAUAGAAAAAUCAGAGUCUCUUAAUUUCCUCCUGCUCUGCCUAGCAUGGGUCCCCAAGGCCCCAGACCCCAGCAAAACCUGCUAGUGUCUGCCUUUCCUGGGACCUCCUACUGUCCCAAUGUCCCUUAAGGAUGGGGGACCAAGUCCAUCUGGAAAAGCUCUUACAUUAGAGCCCUAGGAACCCCUUCAGUGGCUGAAGCAGAUAUGAAGGAGUGAUACAGAACAGUCAAAGCACACCACCUUCCCCUUCCCAUACCUGGGGCAGGGGUCUCACAGGGGAAAUGAUGGAGAGCUCAACUCCAGCCCCUGUUCCUGGAGAAAGGAAGAAACAUCCUCCCUCUGAUGACACAGCACUCCCCAACUACCAGCAGCCAACCUUCUGAAAGCUUCACAACUGCAUGCACAGUCUGGUGGGCAGGCAUUAGGAAGGAGAACCCCUGGGGACCUGGCUUGAGCCCCAGCCACAGUGGCCCUAUUUUCUCUAGCAGUCAUUUCAAGGCAAAGUUCAUUCCAUGGGCUCACAGCACAGCAGUAAAAAGCCUGGCAAGCAAGGCCAAACUGAGAGGGCCCAGAUGGAACUUGAUGUCCCUGAGGGCAGGAGCCUUUUAAUGGCUGGCACUGUUCUCAGCCUAAUGGUUUGAGGCGGUGCCCUGGCUUCAUAUGCACCUCACCACUCCCACUGCAGAGAGGCAGGGAAGGGGUUCUAGGAGCCCCUCAGGUGUGGGGGCUGAGCUACGAGUCCCCAUGGCUGUCUUGGACCCUGCUGUUAAUGGAAUUUUGUAAUAAAGGUAAUCCAUGCUCAUUGAGGCCUUCACUGACAGGCA